UCUGGGGGGGUUUCGCGGCCGGCGUCGGGGCUGAGAUGUUGUUCUAGGCCCUACCGACUCUCCCCCGUCACACUUUUGACCCAGGUACAGGUUUCCUGUAACCCUCUCAGCAUGGAGGAGCGCAAGGAGCUGGUGCCGGGGAGCAGACGUCCACCUGGUAACAGAGAACUAUUAGUAACAGAUAACUGCCUUCCUUGUGAUUCUGGUGCUGUGUUUACAUUUGGAAAGACUAAAUUUGCUGAAAAUAUUCCCAGCAAAUUCUGGUUUAAAAGUGAUACACCUAUAUGUCUUUCAUGUGGAGAUGAACAUAGUGCUAUUGUUACAGGAAAUAAUAAGCUUUACAUGUUUGGCAGUAAUAACUGGGGCCAGUUAGGAUUAGGAUCAAAGGCACCUGUCAACAAGCCAACAUGUAUCAAAGCUCUAAAACCUGAAAAAGUGAAAUUUGCUGCCUGUGGAAGGACCCACACCCUAAUUUCAACAGAAGGCGGCAACGUAUAUGCAACUGGAGGAAAUAAUGAAGGGCAGUUGGGACUUGGUGACACUGAUGAGAGAGACACUUUUCAUCUGAUAAGCUUUUUUACAUCCCAGUAUAAGAUUAAGCAGCUUUCUGCUGGAUCUAAUACUUCAGCUGCGCUAACCGAGGAUGGACAACUUUUUAUGUGGGGUGACAAUUCUGAAGGGCAAAUUGGUUUAGAAGAUAUAACUAAUGUAUGUGUCCCUCAUCAAGUGACCAUUGGAAAACCUGUCUCCUGGAUCUCUUGUGGAUAUUACCAUUCAGCUUUUGUAACAAUGGAUGGUGAACUGUACACAUUUGGAGAAUCUGAGUCUGGGAAAUUAGGUCUUCCCAAUCAGCUGCUGACCAAUCACAAAACACCCCAGCUGGUGUCUGCAAUUCCUGAGAAAGUGAUCCAAGUAGCUUGUGGUGGAGGGCACACCUUGGUUCUCACAGAGAAAGCUGUGUAUGCCUUUGGGCUGGGACAGUUUGGUCAACUGGGUCUUGGCACUUUUAUUUUUGAAACUUCAGAACCCAAGGUCCUUGAGCAUAUUAUGGAUGAGAAAAUAAUUUAUAUUUCCUGUGGAGAAAAUCAUACAGCUCUGAUAUCAGAUACAGGUGUUAUGUAUACUUUUGGAGAUGGUCGACAUGGAAAAUUAGGACUUGGACUGGAGAAUUUUACCAAUCGGUUCUUUCCCACUUGCUGCUCUGUUUUUUUGAAGUUUAUGGUUAAGUUGGUUGCUUGUGGUGGAUGUCACAUGCUAGUCUUUGCCACUCCUCAAGCUGGUAUGGCAGAAGAAGUCGAAUUUGAUGCAACAAUUGAUUCUGGUUUACCUGCACCAACUUUUCGGCCCUUUGGCAGUCUGACCUCAGGAAACACACUGACUAGAACUCUAUCAGCACGCGUGCGGCGAAGAGAAAGGGGGAUGUCCCCAGAACCUAUUCGAAUGUUGCGAACACUACCUCCAAUAGAAGGGGCUACCGCUGCACCUGCUUUGUUUUCCCCUAGUUCAUUCCCUUUCCAUUUGCGCAAGAGUAGACCAUCACUGAGAAUGCCAUCUGUAAUGGAGGUCCCUGUGCCUCUAGUGGAAUCAGAGUAUUUUCAAGGUAAAAUGACCAAAGAGAAAGAGACAGAAAAUUCUUCAACAGAGGAUUCAGAAAGCUUUGGAGAAACUACUGAUGUCUUAAAUAUGACACAUAUAAUGAACCAGAAUUCCAAUGAAAAGUCAUUUUACUUAACACCAGUUCAAAGACAAAAGAAACAAGAAACAGUUGAGAAACUGAUGCAGCGUACAGCUCAUACUGAAACUGGUGAUAGUAAGGAAUAUGAAGAGAAGUCAGAAAUGAAAGAAGAGAUAAUAUAUAAACAGCAUUUGGCUAAAGGGAUAUACAUGUUGCAAGCAACUGCGACCAUGGAAGAAUUUUCAGAUGAGGAAGUAGGUAAUGACUCAGGCCAGGUGAGGCCUCAGACUGACACCGAUGGAGAGGGUUUUCAAAAAGAGGUAUUUAGCCAUGAUAAUAAAAGUGAUGUUGAUCAACUUGAUGCUCAGGAACUAGAAAAGGAAAGUGAUGGAGGAUGCAGUCAGGAGGAUUCAGAAGCAGAAAAAAGUGUCUCUGAAAAGGAAACUAAGCUGGUGAAAAUAACAGGUCUGGAGGAUAUAAGAAAAAGGGAAGAGAACACAGAAAAUACUAGUUUAUUCUUUGACAACGUGCCAAAUAGAGAUGUGAAUACUGAGAAUGAAGAAAAUAAAGAUUUCAUUAGAAAAGGAAGUGGCAAGGAAGAGGAGGUUUUUGACAGUGAAAGAGAAUCAGAAGAGCCAGACAGUUAUGUGGAAGGUGAAAUCGAGAGUCAGCAGGGUGUAGCUGAUGGAUUCGAGCAGUCUGAGUCAGUAGAAAGUAGUAGUGGAGAGAAAGAGGAUGAUGAUGUGCAAACUGACCAAAGCGUGCGAUAUAGCAGAAAAUUUACUGAACAAGAAAAUUGGGAAGAAACUGAACCCAAGAUAUCCAAAUUCAUGGCAAAAUAUGAUUUUAAGUGUGACCACUUGUCAGGGAUCCCAGAGGAGCAGGAAGGAGCAGAGGAUUCAGAAGGAAGCGAAAUAGAGAAGGAAGAGUUAGAGACACCAGAGGAAAAUGUGGAGGUGCAUGGAGGAAGAAAGGAAGAAGAAACAGAGAACCUGUCAGAUGACCUUACAGACAAAGCAGAGCAUCACAGAGUGUCAGAAACAGAAGAAACAGAACCAGAAAGUGUGCCUGAGAAAAUUGAUGCUGAAAAUCUGGAAGGUGAGAAGAAAACUGCAGAAGGUGAUAAAAUUGUUCCUGAAGGUGACCACAGUGAAACUGAAGAGACAGAAAUAACUGAUGACUCAGCUAAAAGCAUUGAGAAGGAAGAAGCCAUCCCGGGGGAACGACCCCUUUGUGACUACAAUGAAAAUCCAAAAGGAAGCAUGCAUGAUGGUGCAAAGAGCAGUUCUUCAGAAAUCCUGGGAGGUAAUGAAUCAACACCAAGUAAAGAAAUGAAAAAAUCAAAGAAUGUUUUCGUGUUCAAAAGGCUGUCAAGGGCAAGUCUGAAAAGUAUGUGCAAUAUUAAUAAGCCACUUCCAGAAAUAAAACCAAUAGGAGAUCAAAUAACUUUGGAAAACAAUAAAAAAGAUUCUAACCAGAAUCACAAGGGUCAGAAUCAUCAGACUUCCUCACCAGCGAGUCUAGAGAAAAGAUCAAAAUCUUGUAUAAUACUAUAAGUGCAUAUUUAUGUUUUCAUGGUCACCAAGCAUAUUAUUAUUUAUACUUGAAAAAUGUUAUGACUUCUAAGGGAAAGUUUCUGAUAAGUCUUUUAAAGAUAUAAGUUAAUAUGUUUUAUUUGAUUUGAACAGUAUGACCAGUUUUGAUAUAUAUUUAUGCUAACAUUUUUAAGAAACAGUUUCAAAAUACGUGUAUCUUAAACUCUUCUUCAAGUGUGUGGCCUUAACUGUUCAGUGUUGCAGUAAAAAAAUAUAUUUUUUAUAUGUGAAAAUUUAAUUAACAUAUUUCAUAGUUUUCACUAGUUUUACUUUAUAAUUUCAUAAGGCAAUAUUUGCAAUCUUAGACACUAUUACAGUUUUUAAGGUAUUUGCAAUUUCAAAUGGUUUAUAAUGAAUAUAUUUUAAAUAAACUAUAUCCGGUUGGUUCCACUAUUAUAAUGGAUGAAUUUGAAUAAAAUUUGGAGGUACUUGGAGUUACUGAUUGACAAAAUGAGGAGAAAAAUCUACUUUUAAAAUACCAAAGAAUGCAAAAUGCAUUUACCCCUGAGUAAAGCAGCUAUGUAAACCAUAUAUCUUUCUGGAGAAACUGAGUGCUGAAGUUUCAUUGCUUCCCACUUCUUUUCUUUAGGGAGGUGGUUUGGCAUGGAAACAUCACAGAUUGUGUAGUUUGAGCUGGACUAUUUGACCAUGCCACAGAUCACUACCAUAGGAAAAUAGAACAUAGCCAGGAAGCAAGGAUCAUAGGGUCCAUCUUAGCACCUAUCUGCGAUAUAUUGGUUAUUUGGCUGAUCAUUCAGAAGAAGGGGACAGCUUACAGGCCAAAAACAUCAAAUAGCCUUUGAUCUAGUAGCUUAUUUUUCCAAAGAAAGUAUUAAGUCAAAAUACUUUGGAAGAGGUGCAUAAGACAAGCCUUACCAAGCUGAUAAACUUUCCCUACUUUGUCAGAGGUCUUAAAGCAAUUUAUGCUUUUUAAUAAAGUAGUUUGUUAAGAAUCAUCAACACCAAGAGUCAGUUUCAAUGGUAAGAGUAAGUACUUCUCUAAAAACCAUUACAAAAACGUACCAGCCGUCUUCCCUUGGACUGUGAAUGUUUAUAUUAAUAUGUCUUUUCUAAAUUUGUUUUCCCAUCUGACUU